AUGAGACUCAGUAUUUCAACUCAAACGGGAGAAUUGCAUAACGUUGAAGUGGAUUCGCAAAUGGAGUUGGAGAAUUUUAAAGCUUUAGUUGAAGCGGAGACAAACGUCGCUAUUAGUGAUCAAAUUCUCUAUCACGAUGGAAAAGAGCUUAAGGAUCCUAAGAAGACUUUAGAACAAUGUGGUGUUAUCGAAGACGAUAUAGUAUUGCUUCAUAGAAAUUCGAACUCUUCAUCAACUGAUAUGUCGUCGGAACAAAUGCGCCAAUAUUUGCUCUCCUCCCCUGGUGUAGUAAGUCAAUUACAGCGCACAAAUCCUCCAUUAGCAGCUGCGCUUAAUUCUGCUUUGAAUAGUCCACAACAAUUUGCCGAGAUAUAUAAUCAAAUCAGGGAACUUCCCCGAUCAGGAUUACAAGACCCUGGUUAUUCUACAGGCAUUAACCCUGAUGGAUUAGACAUUGAAAGUCAACGCAAAAUCGAAGAGGCAAUACGACAGCAAAACAUCAAUGAAAAUUAUCAAAACGCUUUGGAGUUCAAUCCUGAGGUGUUCGGCCGGGUAACAAUGCUAUACAUAGAUGUCGAAGUAAACCGUCACCCAGUCAAGGCAUUUGUUGAUUCUGGUGCCCAGGCGACAAUUAUGAGUCCCACUUGUGCCGAAGCGUGCGGACUCAUGUGGUUGGUCGACAAGCGAUUUGAAGGUAUUGCGAGAGGUGUGGGAACUGCAAAGAUCUUGGGUCGUGUACACAGCUCUCCUAUUCGCGUUGGAAAAGAUCUUCAUCUGGCUUGUUCGUUCGUAGUAAUGGAGAAUCGUGGAGUUGAUUUACUAUUUGGAUUGGACAUGUUAAAAAGACAUCAGGCUUGUAUAGAUCUGCAAAAGAACUGUUUAAUAAUUCAAGGCCAAGAGAUUCCAUUUCUCAAUGAACACGAACUGCCAGAAAACGCAAGAAACGGUGAAUUUUUGGAUGAAGAUCUAGUGACUCCAGGGACGACAUCUGCGAAAGCCGAGGGCACAGCGAACACGCAAUUGGAAGAAAAGAUCAAGCGUCUAGUACAAUUUGGCAUAACCAGAGAAUAUGCUAUUCAACUUUUGGAAGUCACAAAUGGUGAUUUGGAAUCAGCCGCUAAUUUAAUAUAG